AUGGCUGCAAACAAAUUUGCAACAAUGUUGCAUAGAAAUACGAACAAGUUUACACUCAUUCUGAUAUAUGCAGUUCUUGAAUGGAUUUUAAUCCUUCUCCUUCUCCUCAAUUCUCUGUUUUCCUAUCUAAUCAUCAGAUUUGCUGAGUAUUUUGGCCUAAACCCACCUUGCCUUUGGUGUUCUAGAGUUGAUCACAUCUUUGAACCUGCUAAAAGUAACAAGAAUUUUCCCAGAGAUCUUCUAUGUGAAGUUCAUGCCAAGGAGAUUUCUAAAUUGGGUUACUGCUCAAAUCACCAAAAGUUGGUUGAUUCUCAGUAUAUGUGCGAGAAUUGCUUGUCCUCAAGGCCAGAAUAUCAUGGGGUAACUUUUGUUACUGAUUUAUGUGAUGUUGAACAUCGGCUGGAAAAUGGGAAUAGAGCUCAGAUUCUGUGUGAUUUUGAUCGAGAUUUGAAUGUAACAGAAAAGGAAAUAGAAGAUAAGGUUUCUAUUUCAGUAUAUGUGAAUGAGAUGAAAGAAUUGGAAGGUGAAGAAGGUGAAAAUGGAGAUGUGGUUUUGGAAAUGGAAGAGGAAACAAAGAAAGGUAAGGCUGAAAACUCGACUAUAACCAUGGUAGAUAAGUGUGUUCAGGUUUCAAUUGAAGAAGAAAAGGACAUUCCCCUUGAUAUUUCCCCUCAGCAUCUGGAUUUUUUUCUGGACAACAGCGGUCAUAGACUGGUUCCAGCCGAGUUGAUUGAUUCGAUAAAAGACGACCAACGAAGCAAGAACCAUGCUAACGAUGAAGAUAAUGGUAACGAUAAGCAUCAAGAAACAAAUCCAGAUUCCGAGGUAUGGUUAAAGACAGAAGUCAAAAUGGUUGUGGAUGAUAGGUUCAGACGAGAAAAGGCUGGAAGGAUACUUGAUUUUGAUUUUACUAUGCACGAGGAUCCCAAGUAUAUGAUGCUCGACUCUAUGGAAAUAGAAGAGGAUGAAAAUUCUUUUGUUUUUCAUGCAAAAGAAUGCCAUUUGAAGAUGGGGGAUUAUGAACAAGAUGCAAGUUCUCAUGUAGCCCAAACUCCAUCUCAACUUAUAGGUCAUGUUCAAGAAAUGAAAGCAGCAGAAAGGGAAAAUAACCAUUCACCGGUUUUUCCAGGUUCUGAAGAAGUUGCUCGGAUAUCAAAUUGUGGAACUGAAGGAGAUGUAUCAAUUGGAACGGAAAUUCCUGAUUUAGAUAUAACAGGUGAAAUCCAAAAUCAAGAUUAUGUUCUUUCAUAUGAAUCCACACACGAAGAUCCAUUGAUAACAUUUUCCAGUUUUACGGCAAAUAAUCAUGGUCCUUCACAAGUUGAGGAACCGAAAGUAGAACUAAAUACUUUAUCAGUUUGGAACAGUGAGUUCAUGAUGAACGAAAAACCAUUGUUUCAUUUGCAGCUCAAUGAUAUUGACAAAAACAAGGUUCCUGAUACACCGGCUUCUACACCCACUUCUGCAGACAGUCUCCAUCAUUUGCACAAGAAAUUUCCACUGAUUGAGAAUAAGGAUUCAGCAACUGAGUCUUUGGAUGGAAGUGUGACUAGUGAGCUAGAAUGUGGUGACGGAGUUGUUACAAUUGAAGACUUGAAAUCAGCUCUAAGAUCUGAACGUAAGACUUUAUGUGCAUUAUAUUCUGAGCUGGAAGAAGAGCGAAGUGCUUCUGCCGUGGCUGCAAAUCAAACAAUGGCAAUGAUAAACAGACUCCAAGAAGAGAAAGCGGCAAUGCAAAUGGAAGCUUUACAGUAUCAGAGAAUGAUGGAAGAGCAAUCUGAAUAUGAUCAAGAAGCUCUGCAACUCUUGAAUGAACUUAUGGUAAAAAGGGAGAAGGAAAAACAGGAGCUCGAGAAAGAGUUGGAAUUAUAUCAAAAGAAGGUUUUGGAUUAUGAAACAAAAGAAAAGAUGAGGCUAUUGAGAAAAAGUAAGGAUGGGAGUACUAGAAGUGGAUUCUCCUCUGCUUCUUUUAGCAAUGGUGAGGAUAGUGAUGGAUUAUCUAUUGAUCUAAAUCAAGAAGCAAAGAUAGAAGAAAGGUUUUAUAGCCAUCUCGAGUCAAGCAACCAGAAUACUCCGGUCGAUGCAGCACUAAAUUUGGAUGAGUCGUUAGCUGACUUUGAAGAAGAGAGGUUAUCUAUUCUGGAGAAGCUCAAGGUCUUAGAAGAAAAGCUUAUGGCAUUGGAUAUCCAGGAGGAACAAGAUUUCGUGGAUUUUAAACCGAUGGAAGAUUUCCAUGAAGAGAUCGUCAAUCGUGUGGAUGAAAAUGUUGAAGCAAAUGGCAAUCGUACUUACUUCGGGGGUGAAACAAAUUGGCAUGCAAAUGGUUUAACCAAGGAAAUGAAUGGGAAACAUCAUCAACAAAGAAGAAUUGUGGGUGCAAAUGGAAAACGGCUGCUUCCUCUUUUUGAUGCAAUUAGUGAUGAGAAUGGAAACGUAUUCUCGAAUGGAAAUGGAAAUGGAUUUGAAUCUAAUGGGGUUCACAUUUCUUAUGAAUCAAAGCUCAAAUUAGAUAACAAGAAGGUUGUCUUUGAAGAGGAGGUGGAUCAUCUCUAUGAAAGUCUGAAAAUCUUGAUUCAAGUUCGAUUACUAUGGACAUAUGGAUGGAAGCACGCAAAACAAUGA